UGUCCUCUAACUAUUGUGUUAUCGUUGUGCUCUCAGGGCUAGGUUCUGAUUGUCCUCAGCGCCAGCUUUGACAGUAUGACCCUGUCGGUGUAUUUGGUGGAAUAGGUGUAACGCAGACCGGUCUCAUUCUGGUGACGGUGAAGCUCUCACGUCUCUCAGCUCGGUUACGGGGGCAGUAUGGAAGAGCGCGAGUUCUCUGAUAUUCACGGGCGUAGGGUGAUGCUGCAGCAGGAGGCCUUCACCCCAUCAUGUCGGGAGUUCAGCCUCAGUUGCCCUAAGCUGUCGUUCCGCACUCUCACUACGUGCACCAGCGCCGUGUGGCUCAGCGCGUACGCUGUAUUUACUGUGACUGAGAACACCAUGGUCCUUACUGCUGCUAUAUUUAUUACAUUGGUCAGCCUGAUCGUCUAUCUCCACUUUGUGAAAAUUGACCAAGAAUCUCUGCUGGUCAUUGGUUCCCUUGGCAUUCAGAUGACUUCGACUUUUGCUUCUGGGAAGGAAUGCACAUCUUUUAUAGAAAUGCACAGAGUGAAGGAUAUAGUCAUCAAUGAGGCAAUUUUCAUGCAAAAGGUCAUUUACUACUUGUGCAUAUUAUUAAAUGAUCCUUCUGAACCAAAUGGAGUAACCGAAAUUGUACCUGUGUUUCAGAGCUCCCAGCCCCGCCUGGAUUGUUUGGUUGAGGUUUACAGGAGCUGCCAGGACAUCGUAUCUAAGAAGAACACUACAGUAGAUGUUGCAGAAUAGCUCAGAAUGUCUUUUUUCUGAGUAGACUGGACCGUGACUGACUUGAUUGAGGUUGUUCUGUCUUUGCCGGUUUGUACCUGGGUAUUAGAGUCUUAUGCAAACUGGUGAUAGUCAGUUUUUUUUCCUAUUGAGGCCUUAAAAAGAAUUAUCGAACGUACUCCUGAGAGGCAUCAUCAUUUGAUGUAGGUGUGUGAGGCAGGUACAUUUACAUCAAUGACCAUUGUUUAUGUGGAAUUGUGUGUGUAGUAGUAAAUGACUGGAGCAAAACUCAUAGUACACUCCCAAGGCACCUUUCUAUUCCUAACUGCUCAUUGUUGUUUAUGCUAAAUCCCUUAAAUAAAUAAUAAUCUAUCUGAAAUCGGUCACCUGUAUCUAGCAAUACAGAAACACACAUUUUCUAUAUUGCAGCAAUAAAAUUAGCUGACAACUUUUAUAUUUGACUUUUUUGAUUUUGUAUUGUUUCUCACCAUAGUUUAGACAUGAUACUAAAGUAAGAUUUUUCUACUUUUUUCUUGAAAAACAAAAGCUGUAAAUUUGUUGUUGGUCAAUGUGUAUGUAUCUUCUAUUCAGUAUUUACUAUAAUUUGUAGUAUUAAAAUGCACUGAUACUGCUGCUGAUUGACACGGGUAAUGGGACGUGUAUGAUUAAAGGCAUAAAGCCUAGUGUUUUUGAAAGGCUAGUCUAUAUCCAAUGAGUAAAUUAAACUGACCUUCAUUCAUGAUUUUUAAUUUAAUAUGCGACAAAACAUACCUUUUACUUUGUUGCUCUUUCUACUAAAAUAACCCCCUCCGACCGCCCAAAACAAAGCAAUUUUUUUUUUUUUUCACAUGGAGACAUUUCCACCUCUUCUCUGUUAAGUGCCAUAUGGCUAGCACAGCUAUUGGAGAAGAUGUUUUACCAAAUCUCCUGUUAAAUUUGUGUUUAAAGAGACACUAAACACAUUUUUUUUCUUGAUUAAGAUAGAGCAUGCAAUUUUAAGCACCUUUCUAAUUUACUCCUAUUAAUUUUUCUUUGCUCUCUUGCUAUCUUUAUUUAAAAAGCAGGAAUGUGAUGCAUAGGAGCCGGCCCAUUUUUGGUUGAGAACCUGGGCUAUGCUUGCUUAUUGGUGGGUAAAUGUAAGCCUCCAAUAAGCAAGCGCUAUCCAUGGUGCUGAACCUAAAAUGGGCUGGCUACUAAGAUUUACAUUCCUGCUUUUGAAAUAAAGAUAGCAAGAGAACAAAGAAAAAUUGAUAAAAGGAGUAAAUUAGGUUUCUUAAAAUUUCAUGCUCUAUUUGAAUUAUGAAAGAAAAAAAUUGGGUUCAGUGUCCCUUUAAGCAUAGCAAAAACAUUACACCAAUACACAUUUUUAUUUUUCUGUACAUUUUGCUUAUAAGCCAUAUAGCAUGCAACUGUAAACAAAUACAUGUCCCUUUAAAUAGAUAUUAUUUAUAUACUGUACAGUUUUGUAAAUAAUAAUGGAAUUUUGUACUUGGUAACCUGAUACAAUUUCUCUGGAAAAAUAAUAAACCUUGUUUUAAUAAUAAAA